GCAGUAGAGGAAAAAACUGACACGUGGAUUACUCCUCCUAGGGCAUCAAGGAAAAACAGACCUCCUCCUCCUCCUCCUCCUCCUCCUGUAGCCUCGUAGCUCAGCUCCGUUAGUCCACUUUUACAGGUUAUGGAUUAAAAUACCGAAACGCACACGGGGGAUGUGAUUGCGGAAAUACUUUAAAAGAGGAGGGUUGUUGUUGUUUUCUGUACACGGUUACUUUUUCUGACUGAUCGACCGGAAAGAAAAGUAAAAAAACAGAAAACAGCCGACGCGGUUGAAAGGAGGCUGCUGUUAGCUCGCGUUGAAUGGCAGUUAUUCAAAAACAUGGCAAGAACUAUAGUCCAGAUUUGGUCUGUCACAAGGAAAACCAUCCGUCGGACAAGAUCGGAGUCCCUGGAUGUUACAAGAAGUGGCCUGAACACACCACCUGGUCCAGGCCAGUGGCGAGGGUAUGGACAGUGGUGCUGCUGCUCGGGACAUGCCUCCUGUACUGCGCCCGUGUGGCGAUGCCCAUCUGCGCCGUCAGCAUGGCAGAAAAGUUCAGCUGGAGCAAGAGGGAGUCCGGCAUGGUGCUGGGCAGCUUCUUCUGGGGCUACUGCUUCACCCAAGUGUUCGGAGGCUACGUCAGUGACCGGGUGGGAGGUGAGAAGGUCCUCCUGCUGUCAGCAGCUGCCUGGGGGUCGAUGACAGCCUUCACUCCCAUCCUGGCCCACUUCUGCUCCCAGCCAAUCCUCUCCAUGACACUGGCCCGCUUUCUUAUGGGCUUGUUGCAAGGAGUUCAUUACCCCUCUCUGGCGAGUCUGUGCUCUCAAAAGGUGGUGGAAAGUGAGAGAGGCUUCCUCAUGAGCACCGUGGGUAGUGGCUCCUACCUGGGAACUCUGGUGAUUGGAGGGGCUGGCUCCCUCAUGUUGGACCUGUAUGGCUGGGAGAGCGUUUUCUAUGUGUCUGGUCUCCUCUCAGUCCUGUGGGCCUACUGCAUGUGGAAAUAUCUGCUCAAAGGAGAAGGGCCUAUCAUCACCCUGGAGUCCCUGGGAAGUGGUGGGCCCCAGUCCAAACUGUCAAAAAGACAUUGGUUACGGCUUCUCAAGCAACCUGCAGUCUGUGCUGUGAUAGUUACGCACCUCUGCACAGCUAGCACCUUCUUCACUCUUUUGUCUUGGCUGCCAACAUUCUUUAAAGACACUUUCCCCGAUGCCAAGGGUUGGGUGUUCAAUGUCAUUCCCUGGUUGGUGGCCAUACCCUCCUCCCUCUUCAGUGGCUGCCUAUCUGACCACCUCAUCAGUCAAGGCUUCGAUACAGCCUCAGUGAGGAAGUUAAUGCAGUUUUUCUCCAUGGGUGUGUCCAGUGUGUUUACCCUUCUUCUAUGUGGCAACACCACGUUCCCCUGGGCUGUAGCAUUUGUGUCUGCCACAAUGGGCCUCACCACCUUCAGUCACAGCGGUGUAUCUGUAAAUGUUCAAGAUCUUGCUCCUUCUUGUGCUGGAGCUUUAUUUGGUGUUAUGAAUACAUGUGGUGCUUUCUCAGGGGUCCUGAUGGUGUAUUUCUCGGGGUAUCUCAUCGAGGCCACAGGCUCAUGGGCGACUGUGUUCGCCCUUAUCACCACAGUCAACCUGCUGGGGCUCUGCACAUUCCUGGCUUUCGCCGAGGCCCGUCGAGUCGACAUUGACUCGAGUAAGAUCCGCCACCACAACAUCCACAUCUAAACUAUCCGUCAUCAAAGGGACUAGAAUGAUACUCCCCAGGGAGAGACGACCUUGAGCAACCAGCAGCUUGGAGAACAUUGGAGAAGUAGCCAAUGGAUAGCAAGUAGCACACGGAUAAAGCCUGCAUAUAACAUCUGGAAAACUCAGGCUCUGUUUCUGGUUGAGGAAGUACUGCAACAGCUACUGAAAAGCACACAGCACAGUCUGCACAAUGUUACUGAAACAUCUUGUGGAAAAAAAAAAAGUCUACACUACCUCCAGGUCCCAGCUUGUGCAGCGUGUGGUGGUUAAACAGUUGCUGGGCUGCUGUUUAUGCUUCCAGAAUGUGUUACAAAAAACGUCAUGGAAAUUGUUAUCCGGUGUGUUUUGUGUGUGUGCGCGUUGAAGGAGCUGUGCGAGUGAUGGAUGUGUUAGUCUCAGGAGCUCUCUGACAGUUGUGACAGACCAAGGUGGUGUGUUCUUACCCUGCGGGGAUGGGGGAGGUGGUGCGGGCACACGGUGGGUGACGCAGGGAGAGUCCAGCCUCUCGUACCUGGAUUCUUUUAUUAGUACGAACCACUCACCCGUCGCUGAGUGAACUGUCUGAGUGACACCUCAUUACCCAGCCACUAAUUACUUGGCAGGCCCUCUAAUGUCCUGUACAAUUUACCUUCUAUGGUCCCCGUCUCCAUGGUUAUAAGCUCAUCUUAUCGUUACGGAGGAGGUGAAAGGGGUCAUGGGAACCUUUAUGACAACAAGGUUUUUUUUUUUUUUGUCGUCUCAAAGAAUGUGUUUGAGUUAGAAGACCAAAGGUUAUUGAUUAUUUUUAUUUCUAUGUGAUUGCAUGUGAUAGAAAUACCUCACUUAAUUGUUUUUGAUUACUUAUAUAUUUAUAUGGCUUAAUAAUUAUUAUUUUUUUCAAUUUAAAUUUUCAAAUUGUUUUUGAAAAAAUAAACAUAUUUAAUUAGAUGAAAGAAAAAUAAAUAUUUAUUAGGUAGGAUGACAGAAAAUCAUAGUAAGUUAUCAAUAGUGUGAUGCAGUAUGAAUAACCUUAAUAGACCUUUCUGCAAGUCUAGUUUCCUAAUUAAUUCUUCUUCUCUGACCUGCACUUUCCUGUCUAGGAAGGGACGGGUUUGGUGGAAAGAAACAUCACGUUAUUAUCUUGAAAAGUGCACAGGCAGGCGAGCAUCCUCUUUGGCUUUUUUUGUGUCAAAAGAUCCAUCCUUGUUAUCGCACUUGACAUCAUUGUUACGCAUAGGCGCUGUACAGGAAGUCAAUAUUUGGGAAUGAGAUAUCACAGGAAGGAGGCCCAUUUAUGGUGGUGUCAGAGGUACCUGUGCCUCCAUGUUACACACUGACUGAAUUGUGUGUGUGACAGGUGAGAUGCAGUUGAGGACCUGGGGAACAGUUUUGGUGUAUUGAUUAUAAUAUUACAGCAAAGUAUGUAGCAACAUACAGCUAGCUGCAUUUAGCUUUGUUGUUCACAGCUUUACGGUUUCCUGUUUUACAUUUGGAAGGUUUCAUUUUCAUUCUAGAUGCUUACUUGACACGUGUACCUUUUUAAAUCUAUGCAUUUAUUAUUUUGUGCCUGAUUUAACCAAUGAGAGGUUUGUAAGCUCACUGUGGUCACACAGUGUCAUUUACUGAUCAUUGUACAUCUCUAAUGUUGCCUUCUUUGUAGGAGUUUUGUUGCUUCUGUAUGAUUUGCUAUUGCAUUAUGAUCAUUAUUAUUGUGUGUGUGUGAAUUGUUAUUAUUUACAUACAAAGGCACGGAUGUUUGGAUGUUUUCCAUAAACACUUCGAAGUGUAUCCUUUUGGUUGAACAUUUAAAAAAUGCCCAGCAUGUGUCUUACAUGGUCAGUGGUUACGAAAAUGCGGGCAUAAAAAAUGUGUUGUAUUUAUUCAAACCAUUGCUCUGUGUCUGUCAGUCCAUUAGAGAUUAAUUUUUAUGUACGAAAAAACAUAUUUAGAUUAUUUGUGAGUUACAAAGACACAGAAACCUAUUAACUAUAUAGAAUAAUUUAUUUUGAUAUCUAAUCUGAAAUCUGAUCCAAAUGUGACUUUGAGUCUGUACUACGCUGUUUUCUAGUAGUAGUGUUUUCCUAGGCCUUUCAGUUACACAGUGAAUUUACAUAAAACCACUGUACCAUAUACUAUACGCCCCACAUUCCUCACACGUUUUACCCGCCUUAGCAGAUGUGCAUUAUUUACAGCUACACAUUGCUUGUCCAUUUUUUUUUUCUGUUACUGUGUUGACAUUUACUUUUUUGUUUACCAA